UCUCUUCUCUUGGUCGUCACUAGUUUCCACAGCGUCAUAACCCUCGCCUAUUUCUACAAUGUAUCUAUUUGAAACCCUAACUCUGAGCUAUAGUAAAGAACCCUAACCUAAAAAAUAAGACCAAUAAGUGCUUACAUUUUGUUUUAUUACGAGCCAUAUUUACUUUGUCGCAGCUUAUUUUAUUGGCGGGGAUGCGUAGUUGUUACCACUGAGGUAUAAUAAGAACGGUGACGUUAGCUACCUGUUAGCUAGCAGUGAAAGCAGCGUGGGAGCUGGGUCGAGUAAAUGCUACCGAGCAAGCUAAUGGCACUAACGUAUCAGGGGAAUGUCUACUAAAUAAAUAUUCCGACUCGUUAACUCUUCAGGCUAUCGAUAGCUAUAUCGUCUUUUCGUUUGUCUUGCCUGCACAGACAUCUAGCUAUCCGUUUCUGUUCAGACAGUAGAGUUAAAUAGGCAGUUUUGGGAAACGAAGUUAGCCAGCCACGUCACAGAAGUGCAGUGUUGUUGACCGCUCCGGACCGACCCAAAAUAGAGUUCUCUCUGCCGUCCUCCAUCAGUUUCCGAGGAUGGUUCUGCUAAGGAGUGUCCCCCGACCCAGCGAGGGAGUCCGGCAUGAACAAGGCGAGACGACGGCGGUGUUGGACGGGAAGGGUCUCGGCGCAGGGACUCUCUACGUUGCUGAAACGCGGUUGUCGUGGUUUGACGGGUCAGGGAUGGGCUUCUCUCUGGAGUACCCCACUAUCAGCCUUCACGCCAUCUCACGAGACCUCAGCGCCUACCCACAGGAACAUCUAUACGUCAUGGUCAACGCAAAACUCAACGAUGAGAUGCAGGAGAAUGCCCAUGAUGAGGAGGAUGAGGAUAAGAGCAGUGAGGAAGAUGCGUGUGAGGGUAUCACAGAGAUCCGCUUCGUCCCUAGCGACAAGGCAGCAUUGGAGUCUAUGUUUUCAGCGAUGUGUGAGUGUCAGGCCCUGCACCCAGACCCAGAUGACGAAGACUCCAACGGGGAUUUUGAUGGAGAUGAGUACGAUGUGGAGGAGGCAGAGGCAGAGCAUGGUCAGGGUGAUAUCCCGUCAUUCUGUACAUAUGAGGAGGGUGUGUCGGGGCUGAGGGCUGAAGGCCAGGCCACUCUACAGAGACUGGAGGGCAUGUUAGCUCAGUCUGUCGCAAACACCUUUCACAUGGCUGGGGUCCGCACUGAUGAGACCAAUGGAGAGUUUGACGAUGGGAUGGAGGUGGAUGCAGGGUCGACGGUGGCCGGACAGUUUGAAGAUGCAGACGUAGACCACUAGUAAAAACAUAGCAUAAUACUACAUUAUAAUUAUCAGUAUGUUAGUGUGAUGUUUUGUGUGAUCACCUUUAAAUCCACAUCCUGCUGUCAACCUUAUGGACCUGCAUUACUAUACUGUAGUUAAGUCUCUCACUGUCUUUUUUGCUCCCUUUUCUUCUCUCAGAUGGAACUCAACUCAGCCAGUCAAAGCACUUGUGGUACAUUGUGGGAUAGGAGAAUACAACCUCUCCAAUUCCUGUCCCCAAGGCAUAAUUUUCUGUUCAUCUCCACACACAUAUAUUCCUCUCGUGUUUUGUACCUGAAGACCAGUUGUACUGAGUUUUCCCCAACAGCAGUGUUGUCUUUGUAUGAAAUCUCUUCAAUAAAUAAAUCGUUUUUGUAUGAA